UAGUGUGGUUGUCUGCUGGCAGGGGGCGGCGGCGUCAGUGAUGGCUGCUGUUGAUCAAUGCUUCUGACGCAAUACUCAGUGGACAUAUUCCGUAAAAAAAACACUGUGGAGAUGUGUGGUAGAUAAUAUAGCAGGAUGGGGAAGGACGCCGAGCUGCUGGAGGCUGCGAGGAACGGCAGCCUGCAGGUGGUGGAGAAGAUCCUGAGUGCCAGGUCGAGGAGGUCUGGUCCGCUGGCGAGUCUGCAUGUCCUUGAAUACUUGCGGCGUGGCCCUGGUGCCAACGUACAGGACAGCAGCGGUUACACGGCACUCCACCUUGCGGCGCUCAACGGCCACAAGGACGUAGUGGCGCUGCUGCUGGCCCACGAGGCAUCUUGCAAUGUGCAGGACGGCGAGGGAUCGACGCCCCUCCAUCUGGCAGCCUGGGCGGGACACACAGAGGUAGUGAGGACCUUGUUACACCAGGGACCCUCCAUCUCUAACGUCAACCACCAGAACAAAGGCGGGGAGACAGCUCUGCACUGCGCGGCGCAGUAUGGCCACACGGAGGCAGCACAGCUUCUGCUGGCCCGCGGCGGGGAUCCCACCGUGCCCAACCUGCAGGCAGAGACGGCGCUGGACCUGGCGGCGCAGUACGGCCGCCUCAACACGGUGGAGGUGCUGGUGCGGGCACACCCGGACCUCUUGCGGCCUUAUACCGUGGCUGCCGCCAGCGCUGCCGUCUUCCCACACACGCCCUUGCACCGCGCCUCCAGGAAUGGCCACAGGGAAGUAGUGAAGUUGCUGCUGACGCGGGGCCACCACGUCAAUGUGCGCACGGGGCAGGGAGCGCCCCUCCACGAGGCCGCACUCUGUGGCAAGGUGGACGUGGUUCGGGUGCUGCUGGAGGCUGGCGCUGACCCUGAGGUGAGAGACGACCGGGGACACACCGUGCUGGACACCAUCUCCCUCAUCAACACGCCCAUCACUCAGGAGAUCACCAACCUCAUCAAAUACCACGGUCAUCUCAUUAAUCUGAGUGACGACGACGAGGACCCCGGGGACCCGCCACCGUGGUCGCCGCCCGUGUGGCCGCCUCCCUCGUGGUCGCCCCUCGCCGUGCCCGCCAUUCCCGCGCCCUCUGAGGUGGGGUCGCCCUACGAGAAUGUCCUCAUCCCUACCAUCGUCCACCCAGAGAUGUCAGUGGAAGACGGUGAUGGCGGGAGAGGGGAGAACCGGGCCAGCAGCAGGGCCUCGGACCGAGAGAGCCGUGCCUCCGACAGAGAGAGUCGAGCCUCGGACCGGGAGAGUCGGACCUCGGAUCGUGAGAGCCGCACCUCUGACCGGGAGAGCCGCAUGUCUGACCGGGACGGGCGGACGUCCGUGGCUAGCCGGGUGUCUGAGGCCACGUCAGACUGGUCCAUCUACGACGUGCCGCCGCCACCCAAAACUGUAGGAGGCGGCGGCGGCGGCGGCGGUAGCGACCGGGGCUCCAUCUCCUACCGUAGCCAGACCUCCGAAGGAGGUGACGAUGACGGGGUGUACGAGGUGCCGCCUCCGCCACGCUCCUGCCGCAGUUCCUCCACUUCCCUCAGGACGUCUCGGGACUCGCGCCACCUGCGGCCCUCCUCGGACGAAAUGCCUCCCGCUGCCACCAGCCCGGGCAGCACCUCCUCCAGCAGCGCCCCCGUCACGCGCCGCGGGGGAGGCCCCGCCACCACCGACACCACCUCCGGCAGUAAGGUAGUAGAACCUCUCCCGCCUCCGAAGCCGCCAAGACGGUCCAUGUGUCCGCCUUCCCCAACCCCGGAUUCCGCCGAGCAGGACCAAGGAACAUACGAGGCCAUCUUCUUCAAGGGACAGGACCAGUCUGAUUAUGAAAACGUGGACGUGCAGCAGAAGCAGCAGCUGCAGCCGCCGCCUUCCCAGCCCAUACACAGCCGGACCCGCUCCAGCUCGGCCACCUUCACCCACUCACACACCCACGACAGCUCCGACUCAGACUACGACACACCAAGACCCAUGCAGCCUGCCCACGCCCACUCCAACCGGAUGUACAGCACAAUAUCCUUCAAGCCAGUCAAGAGUCGCCGCACCUCCAAGAUGAAGGACGCGGGCCACGUGUACGAGAACACCAUUCACCGCUACGAGAACCUCACCACAGGGGGCCGCUACCACACCCUGCGGGAGAGAGACCACCACCACCACCACAGGGACCACCGCGAGCAGGACUUCCGAGAUCGCGAGCACAGAGGAGGAGGAGGUGGUGGUGGUGGUGGUGGUGGUGGUGGUGGUGGUGGUGGUGGCUGGGGUAGUGGUGGUGGUGGGGGUAGUGGUGGAGGUGGAGAACAACGUGACACUAAAGACAGUAGAGAAGGAAGGCAUCACCAGCAGCCUCCAACCUCUUCACAUCACCCCCACCAUCACCACCACCACCUGCACCACAACGAGAACCUCCUCAACCAGGACAACGCCAGAGACCACCAUCAACACCCUCACCACCACAGGAACGAGACCACCACCGCCUCACUCAGAGACCGUAACGAGAACCUGCGAGAUCGCAUUGCCCUCACGCUUCCCCGACGUCCUCGUGCCGCCACCGCCUUCAGCAGGAGUACCGUGUCGCGGGCUGACUCCUCUGAGGACUCUGACGGGGACCACAGACCGUUGUCAUUAGAGCUGCGCGAGGCCCGAGCCAAGGUAAGGCCGCAGCCCCUGAGUCCCACCCACUACCAGCAGCCGCCCACGCCCGACCACCCGCCGCCCUCCGCUCGCCAGGCUCAGAUCUCCAUCCACGCAAAGAUGCACGCCGUCUCCCGUCCGCCCCAGGAGAAGCGGCCGUCACGGGACAUCGAGACCGAGACCGAGCCAGAGGAAGUGUUGGCUCUCGAGGCUGGGGGUUCGUCCUGCUCCCUGUCCUCGGUGUCUGCCUCCCUCUCGGACCGGAGUGUGUCCACUGAUCACAUCGAGGAGGUGAAGAGCGACAUCCCCUUCGCUGGUCUGUUCCGUGGCAGCGUUAUCACCCCCAUGGAGGGACCCGAGGUGGUGUCUGCGUUAGAACGCCCGCGCUCUCUCACCACAGGUUCUGGCCUCAGACCUUCCCUGGACAGAGGAUGUCGCAACAGCAUGCCAUCUGGAAGGGAGCAAGGCGGAAGUGGCGGUAGCAGCGGCUCGGGCGGUGUUGGCCUCCUGUCACCGCUGGAGGAAGCCGAGGAAUGGGCGAGGAUCAACGACAUCAUGGCCAGCUUUGGCGGCGGCCUGGCGCGAGAGAGCGUGUUCAUGGCUGAGCUGGAACACGAGUUUCAAACCAGACUGGGCCUGUCUCUGUCCCCAUCACAGCAGGGUCUUGGCCUCCUCACUGGCGGCGACGGUGUGGGCGUGAGCGUGGGCGUACUGGAGAGUGGGGACAAGACAGUGGGUGGAUGGCUGCGGGCGCUGGGCCUCCCGCAGUACGAGGACGUGUUCGCGGCGCAAGGCUAUGACGACACAGACUUUAUGAAUGGAGGCAUCCUGGAGUCUGGUGAUCUGCGGGAGCUUGGCAUCACCCAGGCCAGCCACGUGCAGGCCCUGGGGGAGGCAGUGUCCCAGCUACCCACACCCUUCUCCGGACCUCAGGCCUCGUACACCCUUCCGGACACUGUGGAUGCCUGGCUUGAAUCCAUCCGGCUGCCUCAGUACUCUCAGAUUUUCCACAAGAAUGGUUUUGGAGAGAUGGAACGAGUGAGGAAGGUGUGGGAGAUUGAACUCACCACAGUACUUGAGAUCACUCGACCUGGACACCGGAAGAGAAUCCUUGCCUCACUCGGGGAGCGGCCGCUGGAGCCUGAGCUGCCGCCGGCACUCGACCCCCAUGACCUGAGCCUGGAGCUUAGCAGACUGAACUCUGACAUCUCCCAGCUGAAGGAACAGCUCCUCAAUGACCUGCCCUCCUCCACCAGCCGAGAGAGGCGUCCCCCAGAGAGCACCAGCAACACCAUCCGGCGGUCUGGCACCAAGAAGCGUAGUGCCCCUCAACCGCCUGCCAACAGAGCACCCAGAGCCCAGCCCAGCAUGGAGGUACAAGGUGGCAGUGAACAGCUGAGUCAUCUGCCUAUCAGGGACCCCUCCCAACUGGUGGUGGGGGCACCUAACACUCUCCACACCACCUGGAAACACCAUCCUACUGCUCUAGUCUCUGCCAGUGUUCAGUACAUUGCACAGUACUUGGGUUCAACUCACGUCAAGGAGUUGAAAGGAACAGAAUCUACCAUGAGGUCUAUUCAGAAGCUGAAAAAGACACCAACUGAUGGGACAAAGGUGCCAAAGAUCAUCCUGUCUGUAUCAUUCCGUGGAGUGAAGUUCAUGGAGUACAACACACAGACUUUGGUUUGUGAACACGAGAUUCGCAACAUCCACUGUGCCUGCCAGGACGCUGAGGACCUGUCACACUUUGCCUACAUCACCAAAGACUUAGAGACGAAGGGACAUUAUUGCCAUGUGUUCAGAGUACAAACUAGGGAGUUAGCUACCGAGAUCAUCCUUACCCUUGGGGAGGCAUUUGAGGUGGCAUACCAGCUGGCUCUGCGGGAGCAGCCUUACACUAACCAGUCUGAUGAGCAGAAGCUGGCACACGGUCACACCAGGUCCAAGUCAGAACACCUACGGGGCAGCCGCACCCUCUCCAAUGGGUCCUCCCACACCAGAUCACAUUCCACGGUGCCCCAGCAGAUGUCCAUCGGGGGGGUUUCCAGCAGCUCAGCAGAAAACUUACUGUCAGAUUCAGGCAAUGGGUCUGAAAAAGAAUGUGGCUCAAGAAGAGACUCCCUUAGCUCAGUACCAUCAAAUCAGAGCCAAAUGAAUGGAUCUUAGUAAUUCCCAAAGCUGUGUUGUAAGGAGGAAGGAAGAGUCAUGUGUUCAUAAGUAGCUCCACUGUCUGGUGGUUGAAAUACAAGAUGCUCAUAGAGGAGGCUCCUCAUGUCAUCAGUGUUGCCUCACUGUACUGUUGUGGUCAAGACAACAUAAUGCAGAAGGGUGAGGCAUGAUGACACAAACAUAUGCUCUUCAUGGCUUCUUGGGAAACUGACACAGUGACUAAGGAUGUAUACUCAAAAGUCUAUUUCCUUGAGACUCAGUAUUACUACAGACUUAUACAGGAAACCUGUUUCUUAUUCAAGAAUCUUUAAAAAAUUCCAGUGUUAUCCUGUUUCUAUGUUUAUCAUUUAAUGGGCUCAGCUAUUGAUGUUUGACUCGUAAGAUAACAGAAGAGAUACUUUAUAUGUGUGUGGAUGACCUUACCUAUGUGUUAACGUGGAAAAAACUGGUAUGCAGUAUUCAAUACUGAUGAGACACUUUUGCUAAAUGUGCUAUGUACAGCUGGUCUUUGAAGUGAACACAUGAGUGGGUGACAGGGAAGUGACUGUAAUGCAACGGUCUCCAAGAGAACCCACACAACCUGAGAUUGCAACAGUAAGAUAAAUGUGAAAGCAUAGAAAGUAUUAGUAACUUGUGUUAUGGGUCUGUCUUGAGGGGUUUUAUGUAACAUAGAUGUUUGUAGUGCUAUUGAUCAUGUGCCAGCAUCUCACCUAUCCACUGACCAAGGGUUAAGUUCCAAAUUGUGUAUAUCAAAAUUUCUUCAGAUUGCUGCUAUCUACAAUCAGUCUUGAACAGUAACCAAUGUAACAUGCCUUUAGCUAGCCUUUACUGGAGCAUUAGUAGUCUGGGAGCAUGGUGGGCCAAGCAGUGCUGCUGUACAGAACAACAUACUUUAGAGUGCUGCCUUAGGUCUACAGAAGUUGUCUUUCACAAAGUGUCAAAUAUUUAUAUGUUCAUUGUUAAUUGGAAAUGGAAGACUGUUGAGGUAAGGACGUGGAGAGCUUCACUAUUUUCCACGGUGAUGAACAGGAGUGACCCUUUUUAUAUUCUGCAUUAUUUAGUUCCUCAUUUUGUUUCAUUGUGCUUUAAUAGUUAAGUGUAAAAGACAUUUACAUAUUUACAUUUUAUCAUGGAAGAAUGUUUCCUCAUUAUGGAGUGUAUAUACUAUCAUUGUCUUCAACAUCGUUAUGUUCGGUACAUACUAGUAUAUGAUUCUUUUAUUACUCUAUACUCUUGAAAAACAUGGAUUGAGGUUUGUUGUGAACCUUCCCAGCACCACCAAAGGCCCUAGCAGUGAGCUGGGUGACAUUCACUAUGUCAGUGAGUGCUGCAAGGUACAUUGCUCUAGCCAUCUUCAUUUAUACACUUCAGUUUCACAUCAGCUGUCAUUCAUUGCACAUUUCCUCAGGUUCAGUUGCUAGUAUCAUGCUGAAUACUGUGUUGAGCUCAGUUACUGCAAAUAUAUUGUAUAUAAGUAUGUGUGUGAUUAAGUCUGGCCUCGUGGUUCAAGCUUGUGUUGGCAAGGCCGUGCUGAGUCCUGGCGCGGCCUUCCACAGUAACAGUUCAUCAGUAGCAAGAGUAGCAUGGAAAUUGUAUUAGUUAUAUUAUUCUACUUAUCUCUCUCAUUGUGAUGAUAGGCUUAUAAAGAGUAAAGUUUAGGUACAGAGUAUUAAGGUCAUAUAAGUGAUAGUAGGGUAACCGGUGUUGUGUGGGUGGACCAGGUGGGUCACGGCAGGACACGGGUGCAGCGGCCAAGCCAAGCCGGCCCUCGGCAAUGGUGCUUAGGUGGCACUGCUCGUGUGCAUCUAUAGGUUGUUUGCACGGCUGCGUCUGGUAGAUGUCUGGUAGUAUUGUAACUAUGUACACUAUAGGCUAUUGGUUCUUUUAAAUUUGGUACCAUUUCUUCAUCAGUAUAGACACACUAUGUACAGAAAAAAUAUAUUAAAAACCAAACAAAUAUAUCUUUUUGGUAAAUAUAUGUAUAUACACAAAUUGUAAGUCAUGGUUUUGAAUGAAAACUAUUUUUUUUAUUUAUACUUUAGUUCAUAUAACUAUUGGGGUUAACUUGCAGACACUGGCACCCACUUCAUUCCAGCCUUCAUGUAGUGCUUCAAGAAUCUAUGGCAUGUUAGUAUAGCAGUUCCUGACCCUUCCAGUUUUGAAUACAUCUGAUGUUGAUGUUAAGGGGAUCACUUUUAUGCUAGUCACUCAUAUCGACCAAACUCAGUGAGGUGAUUCUAGGUAGCGGGCUGCCUCCCCCCCCGUAGCCCCGGAGUCCGGCAGCCCGGCAGUCAGACACCCUGGGCCCGCUGAGGGCGGUGCCAUACCUACUGUAGGCGUCAAGAGCGUUUGUCAUAUUUUGUAAACAUUUUGUACAUGGAGCAACUUUUAAGGGAUUUUUUAAGUACAUUCUACCCACGUAGAGGUUUUAUUGGGCCCUUAAUGACCCACUUCAUGGAGUGUGCAAUUCAGUCUUUGAAAUAAGAUUAUAUAAUAAUACUUUAAAAGCUACCCAAAACUAUUUUAUAAUAAUUAUUCUGUAAGGUUGAAAAAGUCAGGAAUAUCUAGAAGCCAUAUUAUAAAUUUUUACUUAUAUUACUCCUAUGAAGGAGACAUUUUGAAAAUAUUUAAAUUGUAUACAUUUUAAUUACAAUAGAUCCAACUGGAUUACUUAAGUGCACAAGUAAAUGAUGUGUACUGUGGACAUUUGCUAGUCAUGAGAUAGUGUCCUCUCAUCUGUGUGUGUUGAUAUCACUGUUUGUGUUGUAGUGGAGUGGACACUGUGGCUGUUAAUACUGCGCAUGAGUGUGAGGAUCCCUGGUGCACCUCAUCCCUGCCUGCCUGCCUCCCACCCUUCCCUCAGUGACAUACAUACUCCUUGCUACUCACUCUUCUCAGUGUGUGGAUGCUCACUCCAAUUAGAGACAUGAUUGAGUAUUUGACUUAAAGUAUGAGGUUUGUGAUGUCUGAAGGAAGGAAGGGCAGCCUUGCCCCCUCCUCACACAGUAAUCCAACCACCACCACCACCAUCACUCUCCAUGGGCUCAUACUUAGUACCGAAAGUCAUCAUUGAUACUAACUUGAUUCAUCCUUGGUGUGAUUGAGUAAUGUGACUUGAAAAGUAUUAAAUCCUGUAUUUAUUGGGGGAAAAAAAAUAGGAAAAGCAAGGUGGUGUCACAGCAAGUGGUCAUUAUGUUCAAAGAUGUACACAAAACAGUACACUGUAUGUAGUAUGUAUUGCUUAAAGGCCUGGCAGUUACUCAAUUAAUGUGUAAUUGAUUAUCAGAAUCUUUAUCUUAUGGUAAAUCAUGUUAUACUACUUAAUUCUCUUAAUUACAUUUGCUCAGUAUUGGCUGCCCCACCCUUCAGUAUAAUGUAGUGUACUCUGUGGCUGUAGAUGGUUGUGAAUAGUAAGCCCAUUCCUGCCCUUAAUGAAUCAAUUCUCUUAUUUCUUUCCUCCCAUACACCCUUUCUUCCCUGCCUCACCCAUAACGAUUCCUACCCUCCCUCUCUUCCCUCUUCCCCGGCAGGCAUGUGCACGCAUCAGAGGUACACAGUGUUGCUGGAUUGCAUGUGUUGUCGAGGCAUAUUUUCACAGCUUCGUAUUUUGCACUUUUUUCCAUUGGUUGUCAGUUCUGUGUCUUGAUGCAAACAGUUCACACAAGUCAGCUGCCUCUCUCUCUCUCUCUCUCUCUCUCUCUCUCUCUCUCUCUCUCUCUCUCUCUCUCUCUCUCUGUGACCAUUAUCUCAGUCGUAGGAAUAAAAGAAUAAUGAAAAAAUAAACUUCGCUAUUUUAUCCUUCCCAAAACAUCAUAAUUGUCAACCAUUAUGGGAGACUGGAUACACAACACAGUUAUAAGGCCGCCUUUUGAAUCAAGAGGGACAGUGUUGGGAAAAAAAAUCUUCAAUGCUCUCCAUUUUUUUUUUCAAUAGUCUAGUGGGUUUAUACUAAGAAUCUCAAGCUUCGUGUUUAUAUCCAUCAGUAAUCUAAUGCUUUACCAGCUUGAAGGUAUUAUAAGAGACGGAGAUCAUUUAUUAUGCCUGUUCUCUAACCACUCAGUGAUCUCCCGCGGUCACCCAGAAUUGUAUAUGAGUUUGUGUUAUGUUUAAAUGGACACACAGAGUUCAAAUGUUAUUAUGAACAAUAAAUCUUUAAUGAAA